CUUUUCAAGAUUGGGUAAAUAUGUCAGAUCCGAUAUUUAGAUUAAAUAAUAAUCAAAAUAAAUCUAUUUUGGCCAAAGAAGAUAUAAAUAUGAAUUUUGAAAAUAGUUUUUUGGUCCAAGAUAUGUUAAGUAAUAGUGAUUUAG